AUGGAGAUCGCCAGCGCCAGCGCCAUCGCCAGCGAGGUCAAGGCAAUGGAUGUGGCAAUGGAAGAAGCGGCGCCGCUGGAGCAAAAUCAGCAGCUGCCAGCGGCUCCGGCGAUCGAAAUCGCGAUUUCCUGCUCUCAGUCCGUGCUCCAGGAGAGGAACAAGCGCUUCGACGAUCUUGACAGCGUGGAGGCAUCCAAGAAGGUGGCGGCGGCGAAGCCAGUCGUGAGGGUUCCUCCUAGGAUGAUGUUUGGCUCCCAUCCAGAGAGGUACUUGAGCCCCACGGACUCGCUCGUCUCGCCCAUCUCGAGGGGAUUGCUGUGGAGGAACCAUCGGCGGCCGGUGAGAAAGCUCAUUCCUCCAGUUGCGCCCAAGGGGUUUGGCUAUGGCGCCCGGGCGCGGGAGGAAUGCGCGUCGAUCGGCGGAGCCAGGACUGCUAACUGGCUUAAGCAACAGGCGGAGAGGAAAUCGGGCAUCGCCAGAGAGCCGUUGCUGGCGCGUAGCGCAGAGAUUUUUGAGUCAGCUCUUGGACAGCAGGCCUUGCAACAGGAUCGCGAUGAGUGCCUGUUUGACCUGGGGGACACUUGUUUUCUGUGGGCCAAGUCCAUCGCUACGGCUGUUCCAUCGCUCGCAACUCCUCUAACUGGUGAUACCAAGAAGGCGAGAGCAGAAGUACUGAAAUUGGAGGCAUUUGCUCGCGCUGCUCCACUUUUCACGAAGAGCUUUGAGAUUUUCGAUAAGAUAGAGCUUAGCGAGCUCAAGGCUGAAGCUCUUACGAAUAGUGGGAGCGUUCUAUGCGAGCUAGCGGAAGUGUUGGUUGAGCUUCCAGAGACUCAAGGUGGAGGCUUGGGUGUUGCAAUGAAGCUGUGCUCCGACGCUUAUGAACGGUAUUCUGCGGCUCUUUCAGCGUCACCAGACGAUUUAGAUGUUCAUGCGAACAUGGCUGACUGUUGCAUCAGGCAGGCAGAACUGUUAGCGCAAGGGCCUUCUUCGUGGGAGUCGUGGGAUCGAGCGAAGUUGCUCUACGACCGGGCACUCGAAGUUUAUGAAUAUGUUUGCUCUGUGGCUGAUACCAAGAAGGGUGACGAUUUGUCCACGCUCUUGGAAAACUGGGCUGCAUGUUUAGUUUCUAAAGCCGAGCAUGUACCUGACUACUUGGAAGCAUUGGAGCUGUAUGGAAUUGCUUGUGAGAAGCUGUGUGCGGCCACAAAGCUAAGCCCAACUCGUAUAGCUCUUUUCACUGCGUUGGGAGAUUCCUACAUUGCUGAGUUCGAGAGGCUACCUGAGGAGCCACCAUUUUUCGAAAAGCGAUACAGCACCAUGCUGUCUGCAGUCGAGAGCUUUACAACCGCUCUACGAAUUAAUUCAUCUAACAUUGAUGCGCUUCUUGGUAUUGCCGAAGCUCAUCGCCUGGCAUCGAGAUCGUCAAGGCUUCUCGGGAACAGUCGAGGCUCACAUGAUCACUCCGAUCAGAGUACGACCUACCACAUGAGAUGCAUCGAACUUUUGAAAUCAGGCGAGCAUGAUAUAGACUUUUCGCGGCAGUGUGACGUACUCUACAACCUCGCCUGUGUCGCGGUGCAAUGCGGACGCGAACAAGACGCCACAGCGGCCCUCAAACUUUUGGGUCAAGCCGAGGCGGUAACUGCGGCAGAGCUUGUCGACGAUCCAGACUUUGAAAGUUCCAAGUCAAGCGCUUGGUUCUGGUCGCUUGUGAACAGUUUCCCAGGAGGUAAAGUCGAAUCCAACUAGGCGAGUCGGGGGUGCCAUCCCGAGUGAUUUAGAUACGCACACAGACCCGGCUUAGACGAAACUACCUGGAAGACUUGGUAAUCUGGCGUAUCCUUUUGUCCGGAUGCACCACAGUUUGAGAUUCAUCCAGUUGGAGGAUAGAAUCCGCGACUUUUUCCUCACAAGAUAACAAUUUCAACUUUUCUUGUUCUUUUUUUCUCCUUAUUUAUUUCAUCUCAGGGACUGCUGGGAGAAGGCUCCAUACGGCAUAAUAUGUUUGUCUCUAUGCUCCUUGUCUUACGAGGGGAUAACGCGUGUUAGGUACUUUGCGUGUUUUUUCUUUUCUUUUUUAUUUUCCUCUCAGUUCCAGACAUAGAACCAUUCUAACUAUGUAGAUUGAUGGGUCCCUUCAAACUGUUUUUCGUUUCGCGUUUUCUAUCUUUUGCAGUGAGCGGCUCCCUUUGGCUGUGGGGACCAAACGCAACGAGGGACAAGCUACAUGUUGGAGCGACCCUGUUUUUUAAGCUGUUUGAAGUGCUCCCAGGAACCUCCAAUGUCACUGUUGCUAGGCGGAGGAGGCUGCUUUGUCUCACUUUAAAAAAAGGGACCAAAAUCUCUGCGGAUUAUGAGCUCUCUUUAUAUUGGAUUCGCAGUGAUUGGGGGGUGAUGGAUGGCAUGGCCCAGUUCGAUCAAAGCGAAUCAGUGAUAUAUUCCCAGAUGGGAAAAACAAUAGAGGAUCCCGGUAACUCUUCCACACGGCAACACUGGAAUUCUUUUGCGUGCGUGGUUUGGCUUGACUGGGGAUAUAAACAAAGAGGUAAAUGUUUGCCACCUCCAAAAAAUCGAUCGCCACAUCGCGCUGGGUGGAAGAUUAUUUUGUCUGUAGAUAUGAACUUGGUGGCCCCCUUGUUCCCAAUCCAAGACAAAACAGAUGAAUCACCCAUAGAUUAAUAUCAUAAACGCUCCGUUUGACGACA